ACCUUAUCAACAACCCAUCCACCAUGAUCUGAUCUCAUCUCCGAAAAUUUAUUCGAAUCUCUCCUCGGCGCGAUCCCAAAAUCCCCCGACUCCCCGCGCUGCCAAAACCCAAACCGCCAGUUCAAAAUUUCCCCAACCCGAUCGGAUCUACCCCACCCCGAGCGCGCCAUUCGUCCCCGGAUCUGCCUCUCCCCCUCCUCCCCGCCGGCGUCGAGCGAUGGCGGUGCACGGGCGGCCGACGAAGCGGGCGCGGCGGGCGCGGGUGACGGCGGAGCCCUGCCUCCUCGACAUGCGGGCCUUCCCCGGCGCCACGGAGCGGGCGGGCGCCGCCACGUUCCGCGCCAACGUGCGCGGGUUCCUGGCCCGCCACGCGGCCCCGGCGCCGCCGCCCGCGCCCGCCGAGUGGGGGCAGGACCAGGAGGCCGUGCUGGGCGACGCCGGCGCCGUGUGGCAGGUGGGGUUCCGCGUGGGCGGGGACGCCGAGGCGGCGGUCGUGGUCAUGGAUGUCGUCGAGGAGGACGUGCCCAGGGCCAGGCGCGUCCACUGUGACCACUGUACUGUUGCCGGCUGGAGCAGGCACCCUGUUUGUGCAAAGAAGUACCACUUCAUAAUUCGGAAUGACAACAUGCCCAGAUGCAAAACCUGCCGGCGUUGUGGUCUCAUGGUUGAAUUGUUCCAAACAAGGUGUCCCUCAUGCAGUCAUGGUUCAGGGUUCGCCCCAGAUGAAUCAGAAGACUGGGACUAUGUGCAGAUUGACAAUCCGAGCCAUUUGCUGCAUGGCAUAGUUCAUGAAAAUGGGUUUGGACACCUUGUACGGAUUAACGGUCAUCAAGGUGGCUCCAGCUUAUUGACAGGAUACCAACUGAUGGACUUUUGGGAUCGUCUUUGCAGAUACCUCCGAGUAAGGAAGGUCUCAGUGAUGGAUGUCUCAAAAAAGUUUGAAGUCGACUACCGGGUUUUACAUGCUGUUGCCACUGGCUGUUCUUGGUAUGGGCAGUGGGGAUUCAAACUUGGCAGUGGGAGCUUUGGAAUCACGUCUGAAACCUACUGCAAAGCCAUUGAAAACCUCUCGUCGGUGCCACUGUCCCACUUCUUCCCUCACUCUCGGUCUCCUCGAAACCAAUUGCAGGAUACCAUUGCUUUCUAUCAAUCCCUCUCAAAGUGCCCCCUCACCACAUUCCGUGAUUUGUUCCUCUAUGUUUUGGGGCUUGUUGCUAACAAAAGUGUGCACAACCACCUUGUAACAAUGCACAAAAAGGAGAUAGUAUAUGAUGUCGAUUUGAGAGAGGGAAACUGGACUGAUGAGGAAAUAAAACGAGCAGUAGAUGUUGCUCUGAAAGUUCUCCGUGCUGCAGAUAGUUGGGUGGCUAUGCGAAGCCUAAAGGCAGCAACAGCCCAUCCAAUUGGUUCACCAGAGCUGGUUGAGUACUGCCUCAAGACCAUUAGUGGUACAAGAACCUUUGAUGGGAUGGUUGUAGUAGUUCGUUGCAACAGCAAGACAAACACAAUAGAGUACAGGCUCACAAAUGAAACCAUGUUGCCACCAAAGAAUGCGAGCUUGCCAAACCAGGAACACCUUCUGCGUGACAUCAAGUUUCUCUAUGAUGCUCUCCUCUGCCCUCAUACAAUGCACCCUUACAAGCCAGAACAAAUUCAUGAUCAGGCCAAGAGAUCUGCCAUGGUCCUUUUGGACUGCAAGCAAUUCUUGAAUCAUUAUGACUUGGAAGAGGAUUUCUUGCCUCAAAACCAAUCUGCGUUGCACAUCUGGUGCCAAGUGGAGCUAUUGGAUCAGGUUGAUGAUCCACCCAGCCUCCCAGCAGAGCUUCUAACACUUCCUCAAACAGCUACUAUUGCUGAUCUGAAGAUGGAGGCUAUGAGGACAUUUCGAGAUGUGUAUUUGAUGUUACAGAGCUUUGUACCAAACCAGCUUCUUGAUUGUCCAACUGCAGGGGACACAACUCAAGUCAAGCUCUUAUUUGGAGCAAAAGGGACUGUUCACAUCCAAGGGAAGUGUGUAGGAGGUGAGCGUAGAGUUGCAAUAUAUCGGAUGGAGAGGGGUGUUGACAAAUGGACAGUUAAUUGUUCAUGUGGAGCCAUGGAUGAUGACGGCGAGAGAAUGCUAUCUUGUGACUCGUGCCAGGUGUGGCAGCACACUAGGUGCGCUGGGAUUAGUGAUUUUGAUCAGGUGCCAAAGAGAUAUGUGUGUUCAUCAUGUAAAUUACUCCACAAGCCCAAAAUGUAUAGUAGUUUCUCUAACAAUAGAUGUAAGACUGCUGGCUCUUUUAGUCAUGCCAGUGGUGGCUUGUGGAGGUCUCACAUCCGUUAACAUGUACAUAUUGACAUGGAAGUGUUCCUAAAGUGAAAUAUGCAAGUUUUUGGUGACUACUA